AUGAGUGAGGCAGCUGUUUGCAAUGUAUAUGAUCAACAGGAGACUAUCUCACAAACAGAAACUACGAUCACUCCAAGCUCGUCAAGUUCAAGGGCAAAAACAUGGUCCGAGGAACAAGAGCAUGUUUCUCCGGAGCAUGUUAGUCGAUUUGACGAGGGUGAUACGAAGAAUAACAAGACAAAAGAGCUUGAGGUGUUGAGCAGUCCACUGGACCACGAAGAAGCAGAUAUAGUGGAAUGUAUCUCCGCAAAAUCUAGCAGAAUGACAUUGUCUGAUGGAAGAUUCAAUGAUAAAACACGAUCCUUCGAUGAAGAAAGCACUUCAUCUAAUUCACAGUCGGCAAAACCAGAUCCAGAGGCUGCACCAAGAUGCUGUGUUGCUGAAACUGAAAAUGGUAGCGAGUGUAGAGAAGUUGCUAUUGACUGCUUGUCAACUGAAAGCGAUGGUUCACUUGUACCCAAAGAUGAGCUAGAAAAGAAAGCAACUGCGGUUUGUGCGCGACUACUUAAGCAGGAAAAAAUCGAUGAGCUUGCUGGUGUGCUGAAACCAUUCAGGGAUGAUGGAAUGACGUCUAGAGAAACAGCAAUCUGGUUGACAAAAAGUCUCAGGACUGCACAAAAGUUGUCCAAGGGGUUGUGA